UACCAUGCCCACCAACUUCACCGUGGUGCCCGUGGAGGCGCGGGCAGAAGGCGACCAGGAAGAGGCGGCCGAGCUGACCGAGGCGCCAGGCGCCCCCGAGGGCCACGAGCCCGACUGCUCUAGCCCGGGAGAUGGACAGUCAAGAGAGAACAGCCCCAUCAUUAACAAUGGCGACAUGGAGAGAGAGAGUUUCUUUGAAGGAAAGAACAUGGCGCUCUUUGAGGAGGAAAUGGACAGCAACCCCAUGGUGUCCUCACUCCUCAACAAGCUGGCCAACUACACCAACCUGAGCCAAGGCGUGGUGGAGCACGAGGAAGAUGAGGACAGCCGGAGGCGCGAGGUCAAGAGCCCAGGCAUGGGCACCUUCAUCGGAGUCUACCUGCCCUGCCUGCAGAACAUUCUCGGUGUGAUCCUCUUCCUGCGGCUGACCUGGAUUGUGGGCGUGGCCGGUGUCCUGGAGUCCUUCCUCAUCGUGUUCAUGUGCUGCACCUGCACAAUGCUAACUGCUAUCUCAAUGAGUGCGAUUGCCACCAAUGGCGUGGUCCCAGCUGGCGGGUCAUACUACAUGAUAUCUCGGGCCCUGGGGCCGGAGUUUGGAGGGGCCGUGGGCCUCUGCUUCUAUCUGGGCACGACCUUCGCAGGGGCCAUGUAUAUUUUGGGGACCAUUGAGAUUUUUCUGACCUACAUCUCCCCUGGUGCAUCCAUCAUCCACGCCGAUUCACCAGAUGGCGAGGCUGUGGCCUUGCUGCACAACAUGCGAGUGUAUGGGACCUGCACACUGGUCCUCAUGGCCAUGGUGGUCUUCGUGGGCGUCAAGUACGUCAACAAGCUGGCGCUGGUGUUCCUGGCCUGCGUGGUGCUGUCCAUCCUUGCUAUCUACGCCGGCGUCAUCAAGACCGCCUUCGACCCUCCGGACAUCCCGGUCUGUCUGCUAGGGAACCGCACGUUAUCAAGACGCAACUUUGACACCUGUGCCAAAGUCUAUACCACCACCAACGGCACAGUGACCACCUCACUCUGGGGCCUCUUCUGCAACAACUCCAUGCCCAGCGCCACCUGCGAUGAGUACUUUGCCCAGAACAACCUCACGGAGAUUCAGGGAAUCCCAGGUGUGGCCAGCGGCGUCUUCCUGGAUAACCUGUGGAGUGUGUACACAGACAAAGGGGUGUUUGUGGAGAAGAAGGGUACACCCUCGGUGCCUGUGCCGGAGGAGAGCAGAAGCAGCAGGCUGCCCUACGUGCUCACCGACAUCAUGACCUAUUUCACCAUGCUGGUCGGCAUCUACUUUCCCUCCGUGACUGGCAUCAUGGCGGGUUCGAACCGGUCUGGGGACCUCAGGGAUGCCCAGAAGUCAAUCCCCACAGGAACCAUCCUGGCCAUUGUGACCACAUCUUUUAUUUACCUCUCCUGCAUCGUGCUCUUCGGGGCCUGCAUCGAAGGCGUGAUCUUACGAGAUAAGUUCGGGGAGGCCCUGCAGGGGAACCUUGUCAUCGGCAUGCUGGCCUGGCCGUCCCCCUGGGUCAUCGUCAUUGGCUCCUUCUUCUCCACCUGCGGUGCUGGCCUGCAGAGCCUGACGGGGGCACCACGUCUGCUGCAGGCCAUCGCCCGAGAUGGCAUCAUCCCCUUCCUCCAGGUGUUCGGCCAUGGGAAGGCCAACGGGGAGCCCACGUGGGCGCUGCUGCUCACGGCUCUCAUCUGUGAGAUUGGCAUCCUCAUCGCUUCCCUGGACAGUGUGGCUCCCAUCCUCUCCAUGUUCUUCCUCAUGUGCUACAUGUUUGUGAACCUGGCCUGCGCUGUGCAGACCCUACUGCGCACCCCUAACUGGCGCCCACGCUUCAGAUACUACCACUGGACGCUAUCCUUCCUGGGCAUGAGCCUGUGCCUGGCACUGAUGUUCAUCUGCUCCUGGUACUAUGCCCUGUUUGCCAUGCUUAUCGCCGGCUGUAUCUACAAGUACAUUGAGUACCGAGGGGCUGAGAAGGAGUGGGGGGAUGGCAUCAGGGGACUGUCGCUUAAUGCCGCCCGCUACGCCCUGUUGCGUGUGGAACAUGGCACCCCCCACACCAAGAACUGGAGGCCCCAGGUGCUGGUGAUGUUGAACCUGGACUCUGAGCAGUGUGUGAAGCACCCCCGCCUGCUGUCCUUCACCACGCAGCUCAAGGCUGGCAAGGGCCUGACCAUCGUGGGCUCUGUGCUGGAGGGGACCUACUUGGAUAAGCACACGGAGGCCCAGCAGGCCGAGGAGAACAUCCGGUCCCUGAUGGGUGUCGAAAAGACCAAAGGCUUCUGCCAGCUGGUUGUGUCUUCCAACCUGCGGGAUGGCAUGUCCCACCUGAUCCAGUCAGCUGGCCUUGGGGGCAUGAAGCACAACACAGUGCUCAUGGCCUGGCCUGAGUCCUGGAAGGAGGAGGACAACCCUUUCUCCUGGAAGAACUUUGUCGACACCGUCCGUGACACCACGGCAGCACAGCAGGCCCUGCUGGUGGCCAAAAAUGUGGACCUGUUUCCGCAAAACCAGGAACGCUUCAGUGACGGGAACAUCGACGUGUGGUGGAUCGUGCACGAUGGCGGCCUGCUCAUGCUGCUGCCCUUCCUGCUGCGGCAGCACAAGGUGUGGAGGAAGUGCCGGAUGCGCAUCUUCACAGUGGCUCAGGUGGAUGACAAUAGCAUCCAGAUGAAGAAGGACCUGCAGACGUUCCUGUACCACCUCAGGAUCAGCGCAGAGGUGGAGGUGGUGGAGAUGGUUGAGAAUGACAUCUCCGCGUUCACCUAUGAGAAGACGCUGGUCAUGGAACAGAGGAGCCAGAUGCUGAAGCAGAUGCAGCUAUCCAAGACGGAGCGUGAGAGGGAGGCUCAGCUAAUUCAUGACAGGAACACUGCAUCCCAUUCUGUGGUGACCGCCAGGACCCAAGCCCCUUCCACACCGGACAAAGUUCAGAUGACCUGGACAAAGGAGAAGCUGAUCGCUGAGAAGUAUAAGAACAAAGAUACCAGCAUGUCCGGGUUCAAAGACCUCUUCAGCCUGAAACCGAACCAGUCCAAUGUCAGGAGAAUGCACACGGCUGUGAAGCUCAACGGUGUCGUCCUGAACAAGUCCCAGGACGCCCAGCUGGUCCUGCUGAACAUGCCAGGACCCCCCAAAAACCGGCAGGGGGAUGAGAACUAUAUGGAGUUCCUUGAGGUCUUGACCGAGGGGCUAAACAGGGUCCUCCUGGUCAGGGGCAGUGGCCGGGAGGUGAUCACCAUCUAUUCCUAAUGCUCAGCCACUCUGGAAGCGCACUGGGCAGGCGCAGGGACGGUGCUGUGUGCACAGACCAUGGCCUGACCUGCCAGCGUGGCUUUCUACAGAAGUUUCUAGAAUACCAUCGGGCUCUCCUGUCCAGGCUGAGAGCCACUGUGUGACUGAAAAGAUUUCCUUGAGUCCAAGGGGAGAUGAGAUGCCCUUGGUGCUCCAUAUGCUCAUGAGGGAGACUCAGAGUACCUGGGACACAGCUGUCCCUCUCAUGAGGGCCAUGCACUCAACCUCUGGAUUCUAGAAUUAAUUCUCCUGACUGCACCUGCCUGGUCUUUUGUGGCAGUCACAUUUCAGUUCUGCAUCCGGGACAUUCGCAAGAAGCCAUAUUUGGACUGAAGUUGACCCUUGGGCCAUUAGGGUCCGUUUAUGAAGGUGAAACGUCAGCCUGUGGCUAAGGGCUCAGUACAGGUUCUUCAUCAGCCCCUGAUCUGUCUGUUCCUUUGGAUAUCCUUGUUUGUUUCCAAAAGUAAAGGCAGAGAAGCCAGCCACCCACGCCCUCAUCCCCAGGCUUAGCUGGGUGGCCUUGGUCAUGUCCCCAUCUUGUUGGGGAUGACUGGUAAGGGAACGUGCUUGUUCGUGAACUCAAGGUGGGUUGUCCAGCUGGGUUUGUGCUCCAGGAAGCUCCCCAGGGCAAGAACCCCAGUCGAGCCCUUAGCCCAGGUAUGUGCUGCUGGGAACUCCAGCCCUUCAUAAGCACUGGUGGGCCCAGCCUUGUGCGCACAUUUCUGGACACGGAAAUAGUAAAUGCCGAGUGUUCACACCUUCGGAACCACAGGCAAACCACACAGUUCAGCAUGACAUGCACUUGCUCCUGUGACCUCAUGUCCUCCCUUCAGGCUCCAGGGAGGGGUACCGGUAGGUCUGCAGCUGUGGGAGUCCUGGGUUGGGCAGGGCACAUGCACUGAGUUGUCUGGCUGAAGCCUGUGCCACUCCACCGAAUGGAGGGGACAGUGACAGCUGUGUUUAGGGCACUGACACGGUACCUUUUAGUGAUCCGUAGGUUUUGCACUUUACCUUGUGGUCUUUCUGCUUGUGGUCGUGAUCACACUCACUGUAGAUGCUGCAGUAAUUUGUGCCGCACUUCCUGUGUGGCUUAUUUAUUUGUUUAAACACCUGGACAUUUCAGUGCUAAUUGUCCAUAAAGACGUCGUAUCUAUGAAAGAAGCCCAAAGGACCAGGCCCUUGGCUUUCUCAGGCUUCCAUGGGGUCCCAAGGGAAUUGGCCUGGGCCUCGGAUUUCGUGUUGGGACAAAGAUUAAGUGUGUAUUUCCAGAUGUUUCUGAGGAGCCAUAGGGCAGCGUAGAGGGCCAGCAUCGCCAUCAGAGUGGCCACUGGUCAGAGUGUGUGCCAAAUAGCUGCAGCCGGGUUGGGGGUGGGGUGGGGUCCAGACUUUGACCGUCCUGGUUCAGCAUUGAGUUAAGCGAAACCCCUCACUAUAGAUGUGUGGUGAGGGCCCAUGCGUCUGUGUCCCACCUGCCUGCCCAGUCCCUGAGCACCACACAGCCUCUCCACACUGAGCUUUGUGUAACUGUAAUUGCAGCCCAUUCAAGUGGAUUUUGUUUUCCUUUUACAGUCUCGUCUUUGUAUGAUUUUUGUUAGUAGAAGAAUAAAAUCUAUGUUGAAUCUCA